AUGACGUCUCCCUUCCCUCUCCUCCAUGUACCAAACCUCCCGUUAGCCAGAAUUAUCGAUUUUAUGGAGCCCAAUGAAUUAGUACCGCUGUCUUUCUGCUCUCAGAAAAGCCACUCUGUCAUCAAAACUCUACGAAAAGCGUCAUGUGACGAACAUCUACUUGUUGGGGGAUCCAAGAAGAAUGUAUUAUCCAUUUUAUUUAAAAACUUUGGCUGCGUGUUGAGUACAACUGACUCUGCAUAUAUCUCAAGUUUUCAAAAAGAGGAAUAUGUGAAAUUGGGUGGACAACAAGUACGAGUCAAAUUUCACCGUUUAAGGAAUCAUUUGAUGACAUAUUGGGAUGAUAAACUGACUGGACUGGAAGCUAUCACUGAUUAUGUGAUUGAUUUAUUCAAUAUUGACGUAUCAGAAGUCUGUAUCUCUAAAUAUUCAUUCAAAAUUAUUGAAUGGGUGAACAGUAGACAAACAACACCAUUGAAAAAAAUAGUUUACAUGGCCAUGGCCUGGGGUCCUUGCUCAUCGGAAGAUGAAAUGAACUAUAUUCUGAGGGAUUGCCGAUGUUCAUCUGAAAUACUCAUAUACUCAGAAGCUCCGCCCAGUUUUCGCUUCUUGAAUAACUUCUGCAGAAUCGAUUGCUUAGAUAUCAGUAAUUCCAAAUGGGUAACAAUUGAUAACCUAUUGAGCAUGGAUGGGAUCGAUAUUAUUCUCGGAUCAUCAACACUGACUAGUAGUGAUAUGAAUGUUUUUCUGAAGCAUUGGCUGUCAGGAGGGUGUCCGAGACUCAAGCUUUUCUUGGCUAGAAUUGAUACCGUGGAUGUCUCACAAUUACUUGAUGAUCUCGAGCAUAACGCCGUUCUCGUGGUGGAUCGUCGAGACUACACCAGCCCAUUUGGACACAUGAGAACUUUGCCAUCUGGAGUCGAUAUACGGCGUGCGGAUGGUGUGACAGCUACUGUAUGCUAUCAGCAGACUGGAGAGUUGGUCAUUGCUGUUUGGCCAGAGAGCACUUAUAAUUAUAAUUAA